AUGUUACCCAAUACAGCUACUGCCUUUGUCAAGACCUCUCCUAUCACAUCAGCUUUCCCCACGAUCACCACGCCGACGAGUAUCAAUAUAACCAGCUCGUCAUCAACUCCUGCACGCUCCAAGCCGGCUCUCUUACCUUGCCGAGUCAGUCUCGCCUCCCUGUCAUCCCCCUGGAUACGCAAACGGACAUACACAACUGGCGUCGAUCAAGGGAAAGGGAAAGGGAAAGCAUUGGAUUUCGGGGUACAGUUGACGAGAAGACGUUGUGAACGAGCAUUAUUGUUAGCCAGCGCUGGGUGGGUGGUCGAUCGAUUAGGGAGAGAAUUGGGAGAGGUGCAGGUCGCGUUCGAGCUAGGGGUGAUCAUCGUGCUCACCAUGGCAUACCUGGAAUUCCGGACGAUCGACAACUCGUCCUCUGGACCUGGACCUGAGACGAAGAGACGGGGGUCUGGAGAGGGUGGGGUCGCUGGUGCUGGUGCUGGUGGAAAUAAUAACAAUAACGGCGGGAACAUCAAAGCGAGAUCGGGUGUUGCGCUGCAACACGGCCCGUCUCUAACAAACAGGGAGAAGAGGAACAGCAUGUCAGCGGGACUUACUCCGACGGCGAUGGGAUCGGGACUUGCGGGGUCCAUCGGUACGGUUUGGGCGACGGAACCCAAGGAUUAUAGGGACUGCUUGGAUGAUGGAGCAGCGUGGGCCCUUUUACUCGGACCUAUACUCAGUGGAAGCAUGUUCUACGAGACGUGUACUCGGCUCCGGGAAAUGUAUACCGCUAGUCCGAGCAAGGAACCGGCUGGGGCGGCGACCAACGGGUGGCAGAUCGAGGCCCCGUUGGUCUCGCCGUCGACACGCCCAUUCAUCGUCGCAGGACAAGGACCUGCCUCGGCGGAACAAGCAAAGAGCCAGGCGGUGCUCGCCAUCUCGGCGUUGGCGUAUUCGAGGAAACAAGCAUGUCAUUUGAUGUGCUUGUUAUCGCUCCUUCUGCUUGGUCAUACGUUAUGGUCGCGUAGACGACACUUGUUGAUGGUAGCAAGCUCGCACGAGGCACAGGGGUCGGGAAGAAGCGACGGCAGUCUCCCGCCCUGGUCGAAACGGAGUGAGUGGAGGCGAACCGGGGCGGUGGUUGCCUUUUCGUUCGUCCUCACGGCGGGAUUUGUCGUCUUGAAAGUGGUGGCGCAAGUAGCCGGGGUUGUGGGCGGCUACGAUUAUACCUAUUCCGAUCUGGUCAUCUCGACGUUGUUCUUCCAAUUCUGCCUGUAUGUCUGCGUAAGACUGGCGAGACGCGGCUUUACGUUGGGAGAACUCGGAAUUAUCUGUCAUGCCGGGACGGGGUUAUUCAUGGAGGUAGUCAAUCUUACCCGGACCAAAAUCUCGAUCUUCAAUACGCCCUUCGUGCGGACUUAUCGAUUACCUACUCCGCUACUCAUUUUCCAGCUCGCCCUGAUCCCAGGAUCUUUCCUUUGCGGGUUCUUGCUUUCGCCACUACUGGUCUUGUCACGUAGGAUCGCGCAGCGACCGGUGUACCGGCUACGAUACCCGGAAGAGAAACAGCUCUACCGUAAAGGUCUCGCCGCCGGAUUCUACGCUGGUGCGAUUCUGAUUUGCGGAGGUCUGAUCGGGUUCUGGGCGAGAUGGUGUCUGUGCGGACGAAAUCCGCUCGUCUGGGUCGUCAUGUGGUUGAUGGAAGGCCAGAAUUGGUAUUCAAGACCGGUACUCAUCGGAUACUGGGCUGCAUUGGCUGGAAUCAGCGUGGGCGGAUGGACCCGUCAACUAUCACGAGCGAGACGUCAUCGUGGAUGGACUGAAGCUAAAGUGACCAAUGGUCAACACAAGGUCACUGUCGUGUCCAAGACGAGCGCUACCAAGUCGGCCGAGGCGGCUACGGCGAGAUCCGCGUCGAUGUCGGAUGGUACCCGGCGGCCGACGUUGCCACGCACCCCGAGUCCAACGAUCGACGUCAAGACGGCUGGUCUCAGUGGAGUAGCGAGUCAUAUGAUGGACGAGAUGGAUCAGAGAGCGCCCGUCUUUAGCGUGAACGCGAGGAGGAAGUUCUUCCAUGCCCUGGCUGUCGUCAUGUUUGUCCCGGGCAUCAUCGUCGACCCGGCGUUUACCCAUCUGUCCUUCUCGCUGGCGUUUGCCAUCUUCAACUUUGCCGAAUACGUACGGUAUUUCGCCCUCUACCCAUUCGGUGCGGCGGUACACCUGUUCCUCAACGAGUUUCUCGAUAAAAAGGACUCGGGUACCGCCAUUCUGAGUCAUUUCUACCUGUUGACCGGGUGUGCAGGGGGGAUCUGGUUGGACUCACCUCGGACGAUCUUGAGCCUCGUCGGCGUGUUUUCGCUAGGUAUCGGUGAUGCACUCGCAAUUUCCAUCUCUUCGACACAGGCUUCGAUCGUGGGCAAACGGAUCGGUCGGGUCAGAUGGUCCACCUCGAGUGGCAAGACGGUCGAGGGCAGCCUGGCUUUCCUCGGGUCUCUCGUCUUGGCCGGCACGAGCUUGUCCAUGACAGGCAUCAUCGACCCAUUCUCGGUCACGAGGUAUACAAUGUUGGCCCUUGCACUGAGCUUGAUGGAAGCCGUCUCGGAGCAGAACGACAACUUGAUCCUGCCCAUAUGGGGAUAUUGCCUUGGCGUAUGUCUGGGACUUUGA